AUGACGAUAAAAACAUAUCAUCUACAAGAAUCUGUUAGAGUAUCCAAAGAAUUAGCAAUGCAAAAAAUUCAUAGUGAAACACAGAGAUUAAUGAGAGAAUCAGAAGUAUCUCUUCCAUAUCACAGACCUAAACAACGUAGUUUGCAGGAAUUCUUAAGUAGAAAAAAAAUGAUGUCUGAAAUCCCUACAAAUUUGACAUGUGCUGAGAAAGUUAAAAUGUUUCCUGAAAUUAUUAGUAAGGUUGUAGAAGAAAAAGAAAAAGAAGCUGAAAUUUUUUAUAAAUCAUCCGAUUCUGAAGAAGAUGAAAAGUGUAUUGAAUUAAAAGAAUUCAACCAAGUGAAUGUUUUAAAUGAUGUGAAAAAUAAAAGUGAAAUAAAAAAUAAAGAUAAAUCGGAUAACAAAAUUUCUAUUGCUAAUACACAGAAGUUGACACAAUAUGGCAUUCAAGAAUCUCAUAUUAAAGGAGAAAUUGUAGUACAACAAUCAUUACAUUUUGGGGCUUCAAAAAAAAUAUUUAUGGAUGACAUGAAGAAUACAAAAGAAUCCAAAAGCAUUCAAGAUAAUUUAAAAUAUUUGAGGGAAUUUUUUACAAAUAAUUCUGAGAACAUGGAUAUUAGUAUUGAUAGUAAUCAAUGUAUAUUAGAAGAAAAUGUAUUAAAUAUAUCAGAAACUGAAAUAGAAAAUAAUGGAAAUGAAAAGGUGAUAGAAUUGAGUACAGUCAAUGACUUAUCUUUUCAAAGUAAAAAUCAAGAAACAAUUUUAGAAACCUCAAUUAUAAAUAACAAAACAAAUACAAUAUCAAGAAUUUCAGUAAAUGUAAAAGGUGUUGAACAAGAGACUGUAAAUUUCAAUCAGUCUAAACAAAUAAGUGAAACAAACUUAAAAUCAAAUGAACAAAAAAAUUGUAAUAUUGAAAUUGUAGAUCAUGAUGAUACAGAUUUUAGUCCUGGUUUUAAAGUAAAUGAGUCUUCAAAAAAAUCGAAUAUGAAAGAAAAAAUAUUAGCUAAUAUUUUAAAACUAAAGCCUAUAAUAAAAGGAUCACCAGGUUCAAUAAUUGAUUUUACAGGAUCAAAACACAUGAAUGAAGGUGUAGCACAAUUGUUGAAUAGAUUUGCACAGCACUCUAUCAUCGUUAAACCUAAAAUUGAAGGAGUAACCAAAGUGAAAAUAAUGAACACAGAAAGGGAAGAUAAUAAUACAAAAAUAAAGGAAGAAACAUUACUUUUUAAGAAGACUGUAGUUAAAAAUGAAGAUGACAAAGAACACAAGCCUGGUGAAAAGUUAAAGAAGUUAAGAGAGGACUUAAAACGUAGAAUAGCUUAUGUAAGACAUGAAGAAUGGAAAAAGAAAGAGGAAGAUGAGAAAGAAGAUGAAGAACUAAAAGAUGAAAGUGAUAGUUAUUAUGCAGGUCUACCAGAUGAAGAAGAAUUAUUAGAAGAUGAUGAAAGUAGUGAAAGUGAACCAGAGGAAAACGACGUUCUUAUUAUUGAUAACCAAAAGUCAAUAUGUGAGUUUGCUGAUGAAGAGGCUGAAGAAUCUGAUCAUGAAUAUAUUGGCAACUCUGAAAAUGAAAAAGAUAAUGAAAAAGAACAAGAAGAAGAAGUAGAAGUAGAUGAUCAUGAUAAGGAACUUAAAGAGAAUGAAGAUGAUGAGAGCCUAGAAUCUGAAGAUGAGAAAUUUGCAAAUAAACCAACAAAAUUAAAAAGAAUCAUGAAGUCGUUUGAAGACGAUUCGAACCAAUUGGAAUCAAGCCUCAGUAACGACGCAAACUCAAGAUUGUCGUUCGACCGUACUAGGACAGAUGAGGAUAUGUUUGCCUCACAAACGAGUAACAGUUACGCAAGUGAGGAUAUUGACGGAAUCCCACCAUUUCAACCACGCGAUAGAUGUAGCUCAGACUCACGAAGCCAAGCCUGCAAAACACCCUUACCGAAACCUAAUAAUAUUCUGAGUAUGAUAUCUCCCGUGGCUCAGCUCACAGUUCUCAACGCCUCCCUUGAUUCGGCCAAGAAAUCGGCUUCUAAAACGGACAGUAUAAACUUCGGACAGGUGGAUAAAUCGUGCUUAGUUAUAAAUACGUCCGCGAUGAACAGUUGCAACGGCAUACUGCAAAAUAACAGCAAUCUAGAAAAGAUGAUUGGUCUUCCAAAAAAAUUAUUCGAUGAUCCUCCAGAAACGGUGAAUGAUGAUGAACUUGUAGAUAUCUGUUCGGGAAAAUUUAUUGAAACGCAGAAUUCAGAACGAGUCAUAAAUGAGCGUAAUGGAGUCACUGAUACGCAACUAAUGGAGUUGUGUUCCGGUGCUUUUAUUAGUCAACCUGUUGAUUUGAAGAAAUUAGAAUUUAAAUAUGCAAAUUCGAAUAUACAUACAGAUGAUACGUCGCAAGAUAUUACACUUACCUUCGACGACGAAGAUAAUGACAAUUUUAUGGAUAGUUCUAUGAAUAUGUCAUCAUCAAUGAAAAGGAGUGACGAAUCUAUGUUCAGCAAUGACUCUAAAAGUCCUGUCAAGGCUUGUACUUAUAGCAGUAAGACCUCUAAGAGCCCAAUGGAAACUUGGUUGAAAAGAGCUAACGAAAAUAUGGCAACCAUCUAUACCCAACAACAGAAACAAAAUGAAGUUACGGAUUCACAAUUAAGAGAUGUAUGUUCCGGUGUUUUUAUGUCACAACCAAUAGAUAUGAAAGAACUGGAACAAAAUGAUACACUGCAGAUCCAAAGCAGAAUCUUGCAGGAUUUUAAACUAACCCUAAGUGAUAAAUCUAAGAGCUUGAACAAAGAGAGCAACGAAACUAAUAUGAACAAAAAAAAACUCGAAUCUCUUCUACAACAAAUAAUUGCAAACGAAAAGGAAGAGACAGCUCCAUGGUCAGCGUAUAUGAUCGUGUCCUCAGACGAUGACAAUUUAAAAAAAUAUAAAGAAUGCUGUAUGAAAACUAAAAAAAAGGCACUCAAAAAGAGAAAGAAAGUCCAAAAGUUAAUAUUGUCAGACGAUGAGGAGAAUAAAUCGAAUGAAUUUUCGGAAGAUGAGGAAGAUCAAACCAUUGACGAAGAAGACCAAAAAUAUAUCGAAUAUGAUUCCGAUGAAAAUGAAAUUGUAGUAGUAAAUAAAAAAGAAAUAAAAAAAGUGGCAGCAAACUUUCUUGAGAAAGAAGCUGAAUUAAGCGAGAGCGACUGGGAUUCAGCUGAUGAAGAUGAGCAAGACAUGGACAAAUUUGAAUAUGAGGAGGGUGAUAUGGAAAAAAUUGAUGAAAAUAAAAUGAAAAAAUUAUUGGAUAAGAUUCACAUAAAACAGAUAAUGGAUAGGGAUCAAAGAGAGGUGAAGAUACUACAAGAAUUUCUUUUUGAUGAUGGAGAUUUACACAAUGAUGGAAUUAGUCGUGAGAGAAGAUUCAAAUGGAAAAAUAUAGAUAAUUUCGAUGACAAUUUAAUACCUACAGUAAAUGAUGAUGAUGAAAUAGAUGAUAAUGUUGAUGCUGCAGUGGAAGCUCAAAUGAGAAAAAUAAGAUAUGAACAACAAAAAUUUCUUGAAGAAAAAGAGAAAAAUAUAAAUCAGAAUGCAGAAAAAGAUUUUGAAGAAAGUCACUCGUGUAAAUUAGGUCUUAAAGUCAUAAGUGUACGAUCAUCAAGAAAAUCAUCAUUAAAAAAUCAUGGAGUAAAAGGCAUUAAUUUAAAUACUAAUAAAAACUUUUUAUUACAUGGUGUUUCGAAUUUAUCAUCAAAAAUAUCCACAAAAUUUAAAAAUUCGGCAGUUUCUAAUAUAAGAGGUUCGUUUUUAUCCAGAGGAGAAGAAACAUUGGUUCGAAUAGCACAAAACUUACCAGAAACAAACAAAAAAAUAAUAAACCCCCUACGGAACAGAAAAUUUGUUUUCGAGCACGUAAGUCCAUCUGUAUCUAAUGUAUUACAAGAAGAUUUAGAACAAAAAAAUGACACUACUUUAAUUAAAGAGAAAAAAAAGAUUCGCAAAAGAAAAAUGUUUUCAAGUCAGACACCAAAAACUACAAAGAAAUUAAAAGUUGAUGAUCGAACAUCUUGUAAACAAUUAUUUUAA